AUGGAUCAGUGGAUGAACAACUUACUGGGGGCAAUGACAACACUAGAGUCCGAUCCAACGGCUCUCUACGAGUAUUUGAAAGGAACAGGGAGCUUGACUGAUGUUCUGAAAAGCAGUUGUCUGUUCGGCUUAUCGAUUAUCGCCGGCGCCAUUGUGGCUGUUGUGUACUUGCUUUGUUGUCUCCCCACAAUUUGCUGCAAGUACCUGCGCCGCCUCUGCUGCUGCUCGAAAUGCUGCUCCGGAAAGAGUGGACUUUGUUCACGCAUUGUGUGGGCAAUAUUUAUCGCAGCUUUAACGCUCAUGGGUAUAGUGUUUGCCUGCUUGGUCCUUCACUACCAAAACCAAGGGGUAGAAGGCGCCAGGCAACUGCAGUGCCAAACCUAUGAAUUCGCCAACGAGACGCUUCGAGGGACGGAAGCACUACAAGGAAAUGACACGCAAGCAGACACACCCUUGCCCGAUGAAUUUGAAGGCCUGCUUCCCCUGGUGGACAAUGUGGAGGCUUUGGUUUUGCUUUUCGACGCCAGCAACCCAGACAACGUCGUUGAAUUGUCCAAGCAAGCAGCGACAAAGGCGUUAGAUGUUGUCCCGAUAUCAGACAAAAUGAACACGGCCAUUGGAAAUCUAGGCAAUGCAUGUGUAGCCUUUUCUGCAAACAAUUCGCUUUCGGGGAGCUUUCACAAAUCUAUGUGGUGUGAUGCUGUAAAUGAUCCAAGCGCCAGCAUAGACAUAGAGGCAAUCGAGGAACAAAUGAGCAACUCGGCCAAAGUUAUCGUCGCAGUUGACCCGAAGAAACAGUUAGACAAAAUCUUUGAAAACGUCGAACUUCCAGUUUUGAAUGUCAAGGAAAUUUUCCCGAUAGGGACUGUGAAAGAGCUCUUCUUGACGGCAUUUGAUGCUCUUGCUAGCACUGAGGGGAUUGUUUCCAAGGCACUGCAGUGGCUAGACAUAGGUCUUAAAGUAGACUGCAGCUUCUACUUGGCUAUCUUGCUGCUGAUAGCUCUUUGGACCAUUUGGUUUUUCUGUCGAGGAGCCGGUGCCGGCAGCGGCACUCCAGCACUUCUUUGGAAUGUAUUGGCUUGGGUUGUAGUUAUAUUUCUCAUAUUUGGCGGAGCACUAGGCUGGGUCAUGACUAUAGGAAGGCAGGGAUGUAGCGUCAUCACCAACACUUGCUUAGAGGAGGACAACUGGGAACUGCUAUCUGACUACGCCCCUGUCGUCGAGCCCCUGAUUUCUGAAUGUCUUUCAAAAGAAGGUGAGGGAGAUAUGCUUGCUGCGGUGGGAGCUAAAGAGGCCUUUAACCAAGUGCUGGAUACUCUGAAGAAGACUUUAGGAAGCUUUCCUACAGAUAUGGCCCCUCUUGAUGAGAAAACGUCUGUUGACCAAGAUUCCGUGGCGAACGCGAGAAAAAACGUUUUCCCUGAGUUCUUGAAGAUGUGUGCAUUUAGCGUGUUGGCCCUAUCUGAUUUUGCUUCCUGUUUUAAGAGCGGCGUGCAAAUCCAAGACGUUGACUUAGGUGGAGAAACUCUUUACGGACUUGCUACACUGGAAAGCCUCGUUUCCCCAUGGAAGUUGCAUGCUCUACACCCUGAGGAACCAGCAGAUGGGGAGUUUAUUGUAACAGACGUUAUACCGAUUGAAGCAGAUUCGGAUUAUGUCAGAUGGCUUGAAGAACUUAAAGAAAGUAAAGUAGCUAUGUACAGAGCACUAGGCGGUGGUGUGGCAUGUUUGGUCCUCCUCGCGUUAUUUAUACUGUGGUUCAAACUCAAGUUUGGCAAGGAGACUAAAAAGAGCUCUUCAAGAGAGAAGGCUCCCGUAUAG